AGUACUGACCUUUUCUUCAAAAGCAUUUAGGCUUCCAACUGGGCUUCCAUUGGGGCGUUUGCUCGACUGUCAAGAAUGCACGCCGUGCUCAUCCAAAUGCAGUAAUAAUUGCUUCUUUGGUGGCAUCGUUGCAUAAAGAUCUAGAGACCAGUGCUGGAUUCGUUAUGUCGAGCUCCAUGUGCCUGGCGCGAUGCUCUGCCAGCCUCUCGGCUGGCAACUUCCCGUCGAGAAUGUUUAUGGGGAGAUUGCAUGCCCAACGUCGCACGCGGACCUUACAGCUACGGUGCGCGGCCAGCCUGCUGCCAGAUCAGCCGACGUUAGCGGCCUCCAGCGCCAUCUCGCCAGUGCCUUCUGACCUUCCCGAAGUCUUGGGUGAUGCCCUGCACCGGCUGGGUGCCAUGUACGUGCUGGCCGACGCCUCGGCCUCGACCGCUGCCGCAGCCGUCAUGCCCACUGCCGUGGACAGUGCCGCUGGUGCGGCACCACAGCGGGCGGGAGGCUGGGUGGCGCCGGUGGCUGACGCGCUGGAGCAGGUGCUGUACGCGCUGCAGGAGGGGCUGGACAAGCUGCACGUGCCCUACUCCUACGGUUACUCAAUCAUCCUGCUCACGCUCAUAGUGAAGCUGCUCACGUACCCGCUUACCAAGCAGCAGGUGGAGAGCGCCAUGGCUGUGCAGGCGCUGAAGCCGCGCAUCGACCUGAUCAAGGACCGUUUCGGCGAGGACAAGGACAAGAUCCAGAAGGAGACGUCAGUGCUGUACGAGCAGGCCGGAGUCAACCCCCUGGCCGGCUGCCUGCCAACACUGGCCACCAUCCCCAUCUUCAUCGGCCUGUUCUCUUCGCUUACCAACGUGGCCAAUGACGGGCUGCUGGACACGCAAGGCUUCUACUUUGUGCCCUCACUGGCGGGCCCCACCACUAUGGCCAUGCGGCAGUCGGGUCUGGGCACCUCGUGGCUGUGGCCGCUGGGGCCGGACGGCGCCCCGCCCAUCGGCUGGGAGGACGCUGCGGCGUACCUGACCCUGCCGCUGCUGCUGGUGGCGGUGCAGUAUGCGUCCAGCUCUGUCACGUCGCCGCCCAUUGACCCCAAGGACGAAAAUGCAAACACGCAGCGCGCUCUGCUGGUGUUCCUGCCGCUGAUGGUGGGCUGGUUCUCGCUCAACGUGCCCGCCGGCCUGUCGCUCUACUACCUGGCCAACACGGUGCUCAGCAGCGCCAUACAGAUCUACCUGAAGAAGCUGGGCGGAGCCAAUGUGGUCAUGAACGAGCUGGGCCCAGUCACCAAGCCCGGGUCCGGCCGCCGCAACGGCGUGGCCGCGGGCGAGUGGAGCGUGUGGAAGCCCGCCACCGUGCUGACCACUGCGGAGGCAGCCAAGGCGCGGGCGGAGGCGGAGGAGGCGGUCGAGCGGGCGCGCGAGGCCGCGGAGGAGGCGGCUGCGGCCGCUGCUUUCGAUAACGCGUCCGUGUCGCUGUCAGUGGACGACUCCACAGCCGCCAUAGCCGGUACGGCUACCAUGGCGGUAACAGCCGGCGCGACGGCGGCAGCCAUGGACCCCAGCAAGGUGAACCGGCGCUGCAAGCGGCGGCGCCUCACCUCAUUGGUGCAGGACGGUAGCACGGCGUCGGCGGCGGUGGCCGGUGCGUCGGCUUGAUUGCAGUGGGCUGCACGUGAGCAGGGACCCUCGUGCCGGCGGCAGGGUGCAGCCCACGCCCGCAGCGCAUGCGUGUGGUUUGCGUGUUGGCCAAGGGCGGAGCAGUGCUUUUGCUUCCUUCAAAUCUGUACAUUCUGCCAGGAUUGGCUCAUCCAGGGUAGUUUGGGUGUUUAGAGCAUGCCUACUACGUAUUAGUCCCUGGAUCAGGGUCUUGUGUCUUCGCUGUGUAGAUGGCGGUGGGUGCCAAGUAACUUCAGGAAGACGGCCUGGUUACCGGUUGGCGGUCAGCGCGUGUACCGUGGCAGACGCCAUGCCUCAUUAACGUAGGUCGUACGGUCCGCCACUUACGCAUGUGUAGUCUGAAGGGUUGCUGAGAGCGAUGGGACAGGGAACAGGGUGGCAGUCCCGGGCACUAGCGUUCAACACUUAGACACGGUAUGAGUGCGCGCGCGGCUGGUGCCGAAACGCCGCUGGGGUGCUGGCUUGCUGGCAGUUUGCUGAUUCGCAUUCCUCAUCGCUCCGGGUGCCAGCCUGUCAGGUUGCAACGACUUGCAUGCACGUCUUCCGCCUCAUCAGCAUUCAUUCCCAUGGCGAGCCCUCCUGAUGCGGGGCGUGUGGGCCUGUGGUCUUGACGCAGUCCCCGGGCGGCAGUAGGAUGGCGUGUGUGAGCACUGAGGAUGUCGUGUUCACGCACUAGCGACGACAUACGGACGCACCAAGGAUUGUAGCCGGGGGGGGCACUGCACACUUCUGGGUCGUUUGUGUGGCGGGGGUGCGGGACCAAGGCUGGAGCACGUGCGCACUAGCGCAGUGACGCCUGCAUCUUAAUUCCCCAUUUCCAUCAUUCUCCCAUCUGCCCGUUGCCAAUAGACCAUGUAAGGUCCGGUUCAG